ACACUGCUUUUCUUUAAAAAACAAGGACAUUUCUAAGUGACCCCAAACUUUUGAACGGUAGUGUACAUAUUACCUCAAUUACGUUGACUAACCUGUGCCCCCGCACAUUGACUCUGUACCCGUACCCCCUGUAUAUAGCCUCUCUGCUGUUAUUUUACUGCUGCUCUUUAAUUAUUUGUUAUUUACUUUUUUUACUUAUCUAUUUUUUACUCAACACUUAUUUUUUAUUAAUCUGCAUUGUUGGUAAAGGGCUUGUAAAGUAAGCAUUUCACUGUAAGGUCUACUACACCUGUUGUAUUCAGCGCAUGUUUGACAAUACACACAGUAUUUCUACACACUCAUAGUUCUUACCUAGCACAGUCAGACGUAUCUCUGUAGUGUAUGUUCCACUGGGGAAAACAUUGAAGAUACAUGUGAAGGUGCCUUCAUCCAACAGUCUGACAGCUGUGUUUCGAAUUGAUCCAAGUUUUUCUGAUGAGUUCCCAAUAAACUGGACUCUACCUUUUAAUCCAUUUGGUGCAACAAAGUCAGUAACCCCAUUUGGAUAAAUAUGCAUCAAAUUACGUUUUUCAUGCUGAGUACUUUUCUGCCAUGUUAUCUGUUCAAGCUCCUCGUCUGUCUCUAUCAGUCUUGUAGUGGCCAAUAGAUUCAAACAUGACACGACCAAUAACUUUUUGAAGUCAAUGAUAGACUUUUAAUACACCCCCGUAUCAGAAGCCGGAGAGCCCCGCGGGACUCACUGGCUUCUGAUACUGGGGUGUAUUAAAAGUCUAUCAUUGAAUUCAAAAAGUUAGCGUUGCCAGGAGAAUCAGGGACUAAAGACGUUAUUGGCUGGCCGUGGGAUCUUUGGGGCAAUCUGACAAGACAAGGGUGGCCGCCCAGCUAAACAAGGUAAGCAAAGUUCUUACAAUAGCUGAAAUGUCUGUGUAGAUUGCCACAAAGGAUCCGGUAGCAGCAGGGGGAGCGUCAAGUAGGUCUCUCUCUCAAAUUUCCUAAAAACUAUAGAAACGAAGGAACUUUUUGAAAUUCAAUGAAUUUGCAUGUGUGUGUGUAAGCGUGGAAAUCAUAUAAUGAAUGGGCAUGCAUGUUUGGUGAAUAAAUAAGCGGGGGCUGUGAACUUCGCUGGUGUCUGGUGCCUGAUUCGGACGGCACCCCUCGUUGAGUCAUUCGCAGGGGACUGUUGUGUGAGCUGACUGGUCUGGCUGAGUGGUUGGAAUCAGGCACAGGGCUACAGCUGUCUGUUUAUAUGUUUAGAAAAUAGAUAAGUAGUAAGAUAGAUAAAAUGUUCAUGGCUACCGCUUCAAGGAAAAGGUCUGUACGGAUGGAUAUUUAGUAAAUAGAUACACAUGGCUACCUCUUUGAAAUGAAGAUCUGGUACGGGUGAAUAUUUAGAAUACAGAAAGAACGUUAGCCUGAUUGUGCGACGUUCAACUGAAAAAGGAAAUCCUGCGAUACCGCUUCAAAAUAUUUACCAGAAGAUGAAAUCUCGCGUCUUGUGACGGCCGGCCGCCCAACAACCUGCCCGCUUGACCCUAUCCCCUCCUCUCUUCUCCAGACCAUUUCCGGAGACCUUCUCCCCUACCUCACCUCGCUCAUCAACUCAUCCCUGACCGCUGGCUACGUCCCUUCCGUCCUCAAGAGAGCGAGAGUUGCACCCCUUCUGAAAAAACCUACACUCAAUCCCUCCGAUGUCAACAACUACAGACCAGUAUCCCUUCUUUCUUUUCUCUCCAAAACUCUUGAACGUGCCGUCCUUGGCCAGCUCUCCCGCUAUCUCUCUCUGAAUGACCUUCUUGAUCCAAAUCAGUCAGGUUUCAAGACUAGUCAUUCAACUGAGACUGCUCUUCUCUGUAUCACGGAGGCGCUCCGCACCGCUAAAGCUAACUCUCUCUCCUCUGCUCUCAUCCUUCUAGACCUAUCGGCUGCCUUCGAUACUGUGAACCAUCAGAUCCUCCUCUCCACCCUCUCCGAGUUGGGCAUCUCCGGCGCGGCCCACGCUUGGAUUGCGUCCUACCUGACAGGUCGCUCAUACCAGGUGGCGUGGCGAGAAUCUGUCUCCUCACCACGCGCUCUCACCACUGGUGUCCCCAGGGCUCUGUUCUAGGCCCUCUCCUAUUCUCGCUAUACACCAAGUCACUUGGCUCUGACAUAACCUCACAUGGUCUCUCCUAUCAUUGCUAUGCAGACGACACACAAUUAAUCUUCUCCUUUCCCCCUUCUGAUGACCAGGUGGCGAAUCGCAUCUCUGCAUGUCUGGCAGACAUAUCAGUGUGGAUGACGGAUCACCACCUCAAGCUGAACCUCGGCAAGACGGAGCUGCUCUUCCUCCCGGGAAGGACUGCCCGUUCCAUGAUCUCGCCAUCACGGUUGACAACUCCAUUGUGUCCUCCUCUCAGAGCGCUAAGAACCUUGGCGUGAUCCUGGACAACACCCUGUCGUUCUCAACUAACAUCAAGGCGGUGGCCCGUUCCUGUAGGUUCAUGCUCUACAACAUCCGCAGAGUACGACCCUGCCUCACACAGGAAGCGGCGCAGGUCCUAAUCCAGGCACUUGUCAUCUCCCGUCUGGACUACUGCAACUCGCUGUUGGCUGGGCUCCCUGCCUGUGCCAUUAAACCCCUACAACUCAUCCAGAACGCCGCAGCCCGUCUGGUGUUCAACCUUCCCAAGUUCUCUCACGUCACCCCGCUCCUCCGCUCUCUCCACUGGCUUCCAGUUGAAGCUUGCAUCUGCUACAAGACCAUGGUGCUUGCCUACGGAGCUGUGAGGGGAACGGCACCUCAGUACCUCCAGGCUCUGAUCAGGCCCUACACCCAAACAAGGGCACUGCGUUCAUCCACCUCUGGCCUGCUCGCCUCCCUACCACUGAGGAAGUACAGUUCCCGCUCAGCCCAGUCAAAACUGUUCGCUGCUCUGAUUUCUUCAGCCUCCUGA